AUGGGGUGGAGAGCCUGGUUCUUCCGCCGGAACAAGACGGACUCGUCGUCCACCUCCAACACGCCUGUGUUUGCAGCUAAAUGGCUUAGCCCGCUAUUUAAAACAUUGCUCAUCGGCCGGGGGAGCAACGCCACCGUGUACAGGGCCAAGCUGCCGAGCGUGCCGGUCGCCGCCGCCAAGAGGCUUGGGACGCCGCGCUCCAGCACCUGGAGCGCCUCCAACGACGCGUUCCUGAGGCACCAGGUGUCGGUGCUCUCCAUGCUCAGGCACGACCACCUUGUCCGGCUGCUCGGGUACGCCAUCGCCCCCGACCUCCGCGUUCUUGUCUUCGAGUUCGCCACCGUGGGCACGCUCCACGACGUCCUGCACGGGCCGAGGGGUAACGACGACGGCCAAGAAUCUGCCAGCAGCCGCAGCCGGGCGGCGGCGCUGCGGCUGAGCUGGGCGCAGCGCACGCGGAUCGCGCUCGACGCGGCGAGGGGGCUUCAGUACCUGCACGAGACGGCGGCGGUGCCGCACUGGGGCGUCAGGUCGACUAACGUGCUGCUGUUCGAAGGCCUCAGGGCCAAGAUCGCCGACUACGACGUGCUCGACCAGCUGCCGCCACCGGAUGACGCCGAUCACGCGGGCGUGUGGUCCGGGACGGCCCACGGCUACCUGCCGCCGGAGUUUCAGAUGAGUGGCCAAAGGAUUCCUUUCAAGUCCGACGUCUACAGUUUCGGAGUAGUACUGCUCGAGCUCCUGACGGGGAGGAUGUCGUGGGAUGUAACCAUGGAUCCGCAUGUACUACUGCUGGGCUGGGCAACUCCAUUGCUGAGAAAAGGACGAGUUGAGCGAUGGAUCGACCCGAAGCUUGGCACGCAGUAUCCAGCUGCUGGAGAUCGCGAGCUCGGGAGUAUCGCUCUGCAGUGUGUGCAUAACCGCCCCAGAUCCCGGCCAACCAUGGGAGCCGUCGCCGGAUUGAUCAGCAGGAUCGUCGGAGACUAGCUAGGAUGCAUGUAUGGGCAUUCGCCCAUUCCUGGAUGCAUGAUUCUGGGAAAAGACGACUCAUCUAUCAAGUAGAUUUUUCAUUAGACUGGUAACAAAGCUGUGAUAUGUUCAAAUUGAAUAGUAAAGCUAGCCAACAAUUCUGUAACUGUGUGCAGCCUCUUAC